AUGUCCAAAGGUUACACGGUAUAUUCCCUCAUGCAUCAACCGCAAGAGACGGUUAUUAAUGAAUCGUUAAUCAGGGAAUGCAUUUACCUUCCAACUGCUCGUGUUACAGAUGAGGAGCGUAUGCGUUUUGUAUGUGCCCGUGAGGAAGUUCAGCGAAAAAAGCGGGCAAAGGCCGCGAUGGAGACCAUGGAGUUGCGUAAUGUAACAACACUGUUGGCAUCAUACCGGCGUAUCGGAAGAAUUGAAAACCUUGUUGGACUGGGCAACUUGACGAAGUUGGCACUAGACAAUAAUCUUAUCACGACAAUCAACAACUUAGGGCAUCUGAAGAAGUUACAGUGGUUAGAUCUAAGCUUUAAUCAAAUUACAGAGAUAAGUGGUUUAGAGGAACUUACAGAACUCGACACACUUUCUCUCUUUGCAAACAAAAUUUCAGUCCUACAAGGCAUGGACACGUUGACUAAACUAACAUCGCUGAGCAUCGGGAAUAAUAAUAUUGAGGCACUUGAAGACGCGGCCCGUUACUUACAUCGAAUCACAAGCCUUCGUGUUCUUACCUUAAAGGGAAACCGCGUGGAGAGGCAACCGCUUUACCGAACCCGUCUUUUGGCUUUUGUUCCUUCAUUGCAGUUUUUGGAUGGUCUCAUUGUGCGACGAAGUGAAGUUGUGAAGGCUCGUGAAGAGCAACGUGAGCAUUUGAUGCCCAUAGACGAGGAGGAUCAACGUAUAGCAAGUGAACUAAAGGCCCAACAGGAUGCUGAGGAUAUACGAAAAGAUUAUCAGAGAUUUAACUGCCCUGACGAAACGAAGUUCUACGACGAAUUGUUCCACCUGGAGGUGGAUGGACGCAGCCUGUCUGAGAUAUUGCGGUUAGAUGUUUUCGCCAUGUUGUCGAAGGAUUUAAUUGAAAAAUUCCAGGUGGAGUUCACUGAAAAGGCAAAGGAUCUCGCGGAAACCAUGAAGGCUAUCCGUGCAAAGCGUGAUGCCGAUGAGCGAGUCUUCCAAUCCACGGCCGACCGAUACAAACAUAACAAUGCAGAGGCUUCCAAAAAAAUUAUAAAAGAAUUCGAGAAGGAACUUAAGGUGCACAUCCCGCGCACCUCUGGGAAGCACGACUCCAAUGGAAAGGAGUUGCCUCAGGAAGUAAUUGUGAGAUUUGAGAAGCGUUUGCAGGAAGUACGGCACCAACUCAUGGAGAAGGAAGCUGAUCAAUACGACGCUCUGGAAUCUUUGAAUGCUGGUACCAUUGCGAAGUGGAAGGGGGACGCUGUCGAUGUUAUACUCCAAACCGCGUUUGAGAAUUUUCUCAAGAUGGAAGUUGAUUUUCAUGCUGGGCUCCGGAAGCUGUUCGAUACCGUGUUUGAAAUGCGGCAGAAGCAGGAACAUCAGUCCGAUACUUACCAUCAGCUGAAGCAGGAAGAGAGCUUGUUAACUGUUGUUGACAACAAAGAGGAAUAUUUGAAAUUUCUUGGUGACUGGUUUGAGGCACGGAGGAAGCGCUUAGAAGAACUGGAACAGUUUUAUGUUAAGAACGAGGAAAACCUGCUUAACGAGCGGUCAGCCCGUAUAUUGAAAGAUGAGCAGUGCCGACACAGAAACCGUAUGAAUGAAAUACACGAGUUCGUGGAACAGAUGUCCCUGUGGGUCCACAGUUGUUAG